UUUGCUACCAUUACCACUAAGCGUUGUUAAUUCGUCGCACGCGUUCCGUGUGCUGUAUUUGUUCCUAUUGAUCAAAAUUAUUUGCACAAAUGAUUUAACGCCAUUACUAGAGUACACUUCAUUUGACUCGCUUGUUUUUUUUGGCCAAAAUGUUAAGUUUAUUCGUUGUUGCCGUUGCGUUUGUUAGUGUUGGAGCAGAUUUUCCGGGAAAGUUACAUCUAACUGUUUACUAUGAAAGCGCCUGUCCAGAUAGCAAGGCGUUCAUUAUAAAUGAAUUACAACCGGCAAUGAAUCUGUUACAAGAUUUCCUCAAUUUACAACUAGUGCCCUUCGGAAAAGCAAGGAGUAUAAACAAUGGAUAUGGUGGAUUCCGGUGUCAACAUGGAGCACCAGAGUGUCUGGGCAACUUGAUACAAGAUUGCACCCUUGAUCUGAUGUCAUCUCGUUCUGAUAUGGAUAAAGUCGAGUACAUUGUGUGUGAGAUGCAGACUAAAGCCAGCACACGUGGAGACUUGCAUUGCGCCAUUAAAUCAAACGUACCAAGUCAGUUGGUGCAGAACUGCGUAUCUUCGAAUCAAGGUAUUGGUUUGCAGCUGAAAUCUGAAUACCUCACGAAAAUGGUCCAGCCCAGUUUCAUACCAACUGUCACAUUCGACGGGGCAUUCAACCAGAAACUUCAAGAUAACGCCAUAGAUGACCUAAUAGGAACUCUAUGUUCUAUACUAAAAGAUGCAAAACCGUGCGCCGAAUAUUAUAACACUCAAGCAUUAAUGUCAAUGAUGGGUUAAUUAUUACUGUCCAUUAAUUAUAAGUAAUAUUUAAUAUUUUUUUAUAUUAGGUAUUAAUGAAAUAAACAAUUUGUAAAUAUAUAAUAUGAAGAUGAUUUGCGGCAAAAGUAAUUAAUUAAUAAACUAAUUAAAACGUGUUUUUAAUAUAAUAACCAUUUAAAAUAGAAUUAAUUUUAAAUCAUUGAAUCAUUAAAUUAUGAUUCACGGAUUGUAGAAUUUCACAGUACGAACUUUCAAAUCAAAAUAUAUAUAAUAAUUUCACAAUUAAUUUUAAAGUAACUCUUUGACAGACGUUUUUUAUUUAGAAUUUAUUUUACUUCUAGACGAACUGGCAAAAAAUGUCUCAGAAAAUGAAUAAAAAAAAGAUAUUACGUUUUUUAUAUGCCAUUUAUUAUUCAUUGUAUAAGCGGAGUAUUCUCUACAAUCCAGCGGUAGUAGUGGGCUAUAUUCGUAUAAACACUAGGGAUUCCUUCACUGCCGCAGUUUUCUGAACCGAAAGAUACUAUUCCCAACUGAAACAAAAAUAAGAAUAAGUGUAAUAUUGUUAAAGUGUCUUAAUGAUCAUUAAUCAACCAGGUUCGCAAGGUGAUUGUAUUAUUGAUUUUAAUGAUUAGAUGCUAAUGAUUUCUUACAUUUACUCGAAUGUUAGCCACUUACAUAUAAUGAAUGUGAUAAUAAUAUUAAAACUAAUUCAUCAAAAUAA